GUUGGUGGCGGUAAAGCACAUCUGUACGUUGUUUACCAACCGUCAAUAAACUGCAGAAGAAGAUUCAAUAGUAGGCGGUAAUGCACUUCUAUGCAGGUUUACGAUUCACUGAGCGAAAUCGAGGAAGAAGAAAAAGAAAACCGAGAAAUAGAGAGAAACAAGACAGAAAACAUACAAAAUGAGCAAAGACUGUAUGAUCACGAUAACUUAAUUUUAAUUAGUAAACGAAAUGCAUGUAAUUCCUACUAAGCAAAGGACCGCAACAUGCAGACGUCUGGGAAUUAUUUACAUUGAUGCCUCGCAAAGUUUCAAAGUCUGAAAAGCCUGCCCUGCUGUUCCUGGAGCGGCCUGUGUGUGGCGCUAAACUCCAAAAUGUGCCUGAGGUCCGAGCUGCACUCAACCCUAAAGAUUUUUUUCCAGAGACACAAACACAGAACAACUCAUCUGUUAAUUCAUGGGUAAACCCACAAUUCAACUGCACAGUUCCACCUGCCCCCCCAAUGAGAAAAGGGAGAAGAUGUCAGUCUGCCACAAGCAUCCUUGACAGCUGCAGUCAGCUGUCCAGGAAGAACAGCGUGUGCAAAUUUCCCUCCUUAUCAUUUCAAACUGGGUCAAAAGAUCAGUGUCAAAAACCUAAAAGUGGACGCACGAAGAGAGGUGCAGAGUGCACUGUUGUGUCUGAUGUCAGAAAUCAACCAUGGGGAUCACGGCAAAAUGAAAGGACACUUUCAAGACAGUGUGCAGAUGCAACAAAGAGACAGCUGGCAAAAAACAGAAAACGGAACACUGAAACUUUUUCUGCUGCAACCAACAGAUGUUUGGAAAUACCUGAAAUUCCAUCUAUAGAUGUGACUGAGAGAUGCAGAAUUCCAGCAGAUGGCGCUUCAGCAUUUACCUUCAGAAAGUUUGGUACCACUGAGGUCUGCAGUGUUGACCCACCACCUGAUGUGGACACUUCAAAAAUAAGCCAUGAAGGGAGCAGUUGUCCCUCCUCUCCUGUACAUUUACUGCUGGCUCAGCCAUGUACACCACCCUGUAACCAACCACCUGAUACUUUGGUUGCUGACACGCCAGAGAGGGAUUAUGGGGUGAAGGUGACAUGGAGGAGGAGAAGGGGUUUGAUGUUGAUGUUAAAGGAGAGGGGGCAUCUUUCUGAGUCAGCUACACUAAUUCAGCGCAUAGCUAAUUUAUAAAUAUGUUGUUAAUCAGAGGCAAAUUUUAUAUUCAAAUCAAAUCCUCUCCUUUUUACUAACUACUGCAUGGGAAAAUAAGUGACUGCAUAGCUUGUAUCACAGACCCAACAAUGUAACCCAAUAUUUGAGUCACUGGUAUCAGAAAAGCCAGGGUAGUUUUGAGGGGUCACUUUGUUUUGACGGGUGUGCUGUGUACCGGAGGCAUCUUGCCAUUCAACUAUGCGGCAAAAGAGGUGUGGA